AUGAAUUUAGUAGUAUUUUCAGGUGGUACCGCAACAAACAACCUUACUCCGAGCUUUUAUAAUUUAACUGUGAAAAAGUACCACGAGCUGACUUUUGUUUUGCCCAUUUCUGAUAAUGGCGGUUCAACCAGUGAAAUAUUAAGGGUUUUAGGUGGGCCUGCUAUUGGUGACAUUCGAUCAAGAAUUGUUAGAUUAAUUGAAGAAGAAACUUUGGUCAAAAUUUUUAGUUAUCGUUUACCUAAUGAUUAUUCAAAGGCUAAACUGGAAUGGAACGACAUUGUAGAGGGGAUCCAUCCAAUUUGGAAUCAUGUGUCACCAUCUGUAAAAGAAAUGUGCAGAGCAUUUUUAAUUCAUAUUCAAUCAGAAUUAUUGAAAAAAAAUAAAGGUUUACAUAACAAAUUUCAAUUUGAAAAGGCUUCAGUUGGUAAUCUAUUUUUAACUGGCGCAAGACUAUUUUUAGGAAGUCUGGAUGCAUCUAUUGAGUUAAUGAUGAGGAUUGGAAGGUGUAAUCGAAAUGUAAAUAUUAUUCCAUGUAUCAAUACAAAUCAUACACACCAUAUUUCUGCAUUAUUGACAAAUGGUGAUGUAAUCACCGGGCAAUCCCAAAUUUCUCAUCCUUCAAAGCCAUCAAUUAAUAGAUUAGCCUCUAGACAUAGUACAUCUUUACAAAAUAAAAAUGAUAUCUUCGAAGACAUUACUAAUAUUCAGAAUGAUAAUACUAGUGUUAAUGACUCAUACCCUAAUCAUGCAGAGAGUAAAACACCACUAGAAGAAAUUCGUGCAUUUUCCUCAAAUGGGAAUUACACAGGUCACAAUCAUCAAACUGCACAGAAAAGAGAAGAGGAACACGAAGAAGAAGAAGAAGAAGAAGAAGAAUAUGCCAAUCCAGUUUAUAUUUUACCUGAAUUAAAGAAUUCUCAACUACAUUUUAGUAAACAAGAAACAGAUAACUUGUUACCUUCUCCAGUGAAAAGGAUUCUUUAUAUAAAUCCUUAUGGAGAAGAAAUCAAACCAACAGCUAAUGUUAGAGCUAUUGCUAAGAUAAAAACUGCAGACAUUAUAGUAUAUUCUAUUGGUUCAUUAAUGACAAGUCUUUUACCAAUCAUUAUUUUAGGUAAUUUAGCUCACACAAUAUUUGAAAAGAAUGGAACUCAUAAGGUUUUAAUUAUCAAUAAUAAGUAUGACAGAGAAACAUUUGGGUUAGAUGCAAUUCACUAUAUUAAAAUGAUUAUUGACUCUAUGUUGAGAUCAAUAAUUAGCUACAGACAGAGUAAAGGGCUUCCUGUGACAGGUUUAAAGGAUGCUCCAUGGAAUAAAUUUAUAACUGACAUCAUAUACUUAACUGAGGGUGAAAUUCAGAUGGAUUGGGAUUUGUUACAUAAGAAGGGUAUUAUAACACAUGCUAUUAAUUCAAAUAAAUUAGAAAAUGAAGAUUUGGAAAAUGUUCUAAAUAAAAUUCAUUCUUCUGAUAUUUGUCAAGCACAUUAUUAA